GGUUUCGUUUGCCUGUGUGGGUGGAGCUGGGGGGGCGUGGCUUCGCAGCGGGGCGGGGUUUGGUCGCCUGAGGGCGGGACUUUGCCGUCGGCAGGACGCAACCCGGAAGCGGAGACGGAGAUAGCUACUUGGAAGAAAAAAAAGAGGCUAUGUUCAGCUUCUUCCGAAAAAGUCAAGAUUCAAAGAAGGUUACAGCUCCAGAGAGAGAAGCAGAUGGAUUUGUUAUUGUGGGUGAAACAAAUGAUGAUCAAAGUAGAGAGUCAAAGGAUAAAACUUCAUUUCCGGAGACCAGACCAAAGUAUAACCAACCUUCACAGAUAAAUACAGGGCACCGAUCGCAGUUGCCUGUAUCAAGCGCAGAGGUGGGAAGUGAAAGGAAUCAAAAUUUGGAAAGCAGCCCUUUCAUGUCAGAUCUCCUGAGUGAUGUACCCUUUGCCCUAGCACCACAUGUGUUAGCAGUACAGGGCACCCGUAAUGAUGUUCCUGACCGAUUGCUCACCUACGACAUCAAUGAUAAUUUAUCAAGAUUUUGGUAUGACUUUACGCUUGAAAAUUCAGUGCUUUGUGAUCUGUAAUGUUUUCUUUAUUUUUAUUGUCUAUGUCAAGGAAGAAGUCUUGAGGUGAAGAUAAAGACCUAAUUUAAUUAACUUAAUAUUUUGGGGACCUGCCACUGGUGUAUCAGAUGCAUUUCAUCAAAAGGAUUGUUAUUCACACCUGCAUUAUAUUUCUUAGCUUUAAGUGAGCUGUAACUUACUAUGUUAAAUACUGUGUUUAUCUGUAAAGAAAUCAAGCAAAGCUGUUGCAGCCUGAGUAGGAGACUGGCUGUUGGUACCUACUUCCAGUAGAUAGGCUGUAGACACAACCAGUAGGUAGGCUGCAGGCACAAACAUUUCAAAACUUUAAGAGGAAUUCUAUGCACGUCUGCACUGUUUUGUUAUUUCACUCAGCUCCUAAUCAUAUAUGUCCUGUUACACGUUUCUUUAGGGUCACCUCUGAUUUUCUACAGAUAGAAACCAAAAAGCAACCCUGCUUUGCACUAUUGGACAGACAGAUUUUCAGUUAAACCAGGUUUUAAAACUCAGAGUUAAUUAUGAGUACUUAAAUAGCUCUGAAGACUUACUAGAACUGGUUAAACUUACCAGUUUGUAAGUGCUCUGCUCCCUUUCCAGUAGAUGGUAUUUUCGUCCAUCUCAUUUUGUGCCUGGACAAGUCCUUCCCGCAUGCCUGUUGGCUGCUGUUUGUUCUCAUUACCACAUGUGUUCCUGAUUUAUAUACAGAUCAGCUUUUCUGUUUUAACCUCUUUGCCCCUUGAAGAAGGAAAUCUCAGGACACGUACUUUUUUAAUGGUCACACCCUUCUUGUUUUAAUUUGUGUGCCAGAGAUACAGAUGGCAAUGUUUAACAACAGGAAAACAUUACAUUGUUUCUUAUCCAGCUAAAUUAAAUGGCUAAGUACCUAAACAUGCCUUCUCACAGACCACUAUGUCCCUCCUUCAGAAGCUUUGGGCAUGUUUUCCCCAACUAAAACCAGAGUUGCUGUUGCAUAAGAAAUAUCUCUCUGAUGUAACAUCAUGAUUGGUGAUGAAUAAUGACCUGUGUCACUCAAACACUUGUUUUGUGUCUUGGGGUAGAAUACUCAUAUUGUGCCAAAUGUUAGUGGAUAUUUUCAUGUUUUCUAUUGCUCUGUGAUAGCUUAAAAUACAUAUAUUUUCAGACUUGCAUGCUCUUACGGUAUUUGAGCUACAUACUGUAAAUGAUGGAGAAAUUACAUAGCGAAUACAUUUUAGGUUGUUAAAUGUUCAGAGUUUAGGUUUUUUUAAAUGUAUGUAUUUAAUAUUUUUGACAGCUAUGUUCAUAAAUGUUUUGAAGUUAUUGUUUCAGGGAAAGUAUCUGUGUUGCACUCAAUAAAAAAAUGCUAAAUAAUAAUGAGUUAUUUUUAAUGUGCGAGAGUUAUUACUUGGCUUCACCUGUACUGUUUACUGUAACUGUGACCAUUCAGACUUCAUGGGAGCUUGAACUUAGAAAUUCAAUUUGGAAAUCUUUUUAUUGUCAUUUAAAUAUCAGGGUCCUUCUAAUCAAAUAUAUCACACUUUCAUCUGAUGUAUUCUGUGUUCCAUGUUGGUGACUUGCAGUGUUUUAGAUGGCAUUCAUGUCCUUGCUCUGAGGAUAGUAUGACUGUGGUACUCGGACCUCUUAAAAGGAAGAAUUAAUUUUACCAAGUUGUUUAGAACUAGUUUGUGUGCUGAAUUUUCUAGUUAACAUAUACAUUUUCAUUAAAAAAAUAAUCAUUCUGCCAAUAGCAUGUUCCCAUUCUAGCUGUCCAUUUGAAAUUGCAAUGUUUCUGCAGCUCAGCCGGUCUACUGCAAAACACUGUUGAACACUGAACAAACUCACAAUGCUUGUUCUUUCUUUGCUAAUUGACUUGGUAUAUAGGUUUUUUGCUAUUAGAUGUGUUUUGCUUAUAGAUAUUUUAUCUCGAAUAAUGACAACUUGUCAGAAUUGUACUCUGUUCCACUCACAAGCAUUCUUUCAGAAGAAGAGGAGAGUAGGGAGGAGGCUGUGUUCAACCAUGAUGAGAAAUGUAGACGGUAGUUUAAGCAUUAGUCUUUCAUCCUUAAUUGUGUUCUGUAAAGGGUAAAAUUUACACCUAGCAACAAUUGCUAGUAUUGAACAAGGGUACUGGUAAUGUGUCUUCUGACUGCCUUUCUCUUUAGCUGGGACGCAAGCCUGUCCCUUGCUUGACAUCAUCCAUAAAAAGUGAAAUGUAACCUAACAGUAUCCAGACAGCAAAGGUGAAUUUCUUUCCACUGGGAUACGAAAGAAAAAAAUACACUUAAACUGUUAUAAAUCAGUAAGAUUUAUGGAUAUUACUGUUUGCCCACUCAUAACAUGAAGAUGGCACAAAAUCUUCAGACAGUUAAGGAUUUCAAAGUCUUAGUUCAUAUAAAAAUGUGAAUUGCUUAUGUAAGAUAUGUUUAACAUCAUAUGCUAAGUGAUUAUUACAUAGAAUAUAUGUCUGUCACUGUCCAACAAAUACUGGAUGUUUCUAUAUAUUGUUAUUCAAAUACUUCAGCACCAGUGAAGGAAUAUAGUUCAUUUUUAAAAAAGUUUAAAACUGUUAAAAUAUAACAAACAUUGAUAUCAAAAUAGUAAAGCACCCUGGGUGUCCUUUCUAUAUAUUCUGUAUAUAAAAAUGAGAACUUGACUAGAGCUGAUCACUUUGUGUUGUGCUUAUGUAUGCAAAUUGUUUAGGCAGAACUGAAAGGUAUUUCAUAGCUGAUGUCAUUGACAACAGAAUUAAGGAAGGUUGUCAACUUCAGAACUAAUAAUGAAAGACUGAAUUGCAAUCCUUUGCCACUGAACUGCUGUAAAUGGGAGUUUAUCACUGCCACUAGUGGACAGAAUCCUAGGCCUGCACUCCUUUAUUAAAUAGUUUAUUU